GUCAAAGCACUAAAGAUUAUAAAAAAGUUCAAUAAAAAAAUGUGAGUCCAGAUUUCUACACAGCAGACGUCUAGAGAUUGGAAUGAUAAAAACCUUGUCACUCUCUAGAUAAUCCAUUUUACAAAAACAAAAAUAAAGUAACAACUUUUUCAUCAUCAUCACCAUCAGUAUCAUCAUCAUCAUCAUCAUCUUCAUCGUCAACCAGAAGCAAAAUCCCAGGAUUAAGGGUUGGGAAGUCUAGUUUGUUUGAGGGAGACUAAGGAGGUUAUGAUGAUAGUGAUGCAUGGGGAGUAGAACAGUAAGGCUUGGUGCUGAAGAUGAGAAUCAGCAACAUUUGGAGUGCCAAGCUUUGACUCUCAGUUACCUGUUUACAACGCAUUUUGUGCAGAGGGUAGCACUACCUAGACUUAUUGUGUUUCUGAUUUUGGGGCAUUUGAGCAUUCUUCUGGAUUUUGCUUAGAGGAUGCUGUCAACCUAAGCGGAAGUGCUUUUGUGAAGUCACACAUUUUAUCUGAACAUUUUUGCUGACCAUCAAGUAUUGGGAAUAUGGGAUGGGAAUUUGGCAAUAAGAAACCGGUUUCUUUUUUGAGAAAUAUUUGUAUGAUAUAGUUAAUUUCUUUGUCUCUAUAUCUGAGAAAGAUUCAUAUGAUGUGUCAUGUAGACACUGUGAUUACUUUAACCAAAGCAGGUGACCAAGCAGUUGUUUCUGAUCCCCUCCAAAUUGGCACAUUUGAUAAACACCAACUUUGUUAAACAUAAAUCCAUCUGCCAUCCAAGUGGAGACCCAGAGGCUGCUGUUGGAAAAGGUCAACAAUUGAAUCUGGUUUCUAUUUCUAGUGGUAACACAGAAAACUUGGGAGAAUCUAAUAUGGCUGAUGCUAGUCCUAGGACUGAUAUCUCGACUGAUGCAGACACAGAUGAAAAAAAUCAAAGGUUUGAUAGAGGUCAAUCUACAGCUCUUGUGGCCUUUGAUUCUAGUGACAGAUCAAGUGAUAGAUCAAAAGACAAAAUGGAUCAGAAGACUCUUCGUAGGCUUGCUCAAAAUCGCGAGGCUGCAAGAAAAAGCCGGUUGAGGAAGAAAGCAUAUGUCCAACAGUUGGAAAGUAGCCGUUUGAAGCUGACCCAACUUGAGCAGGAGCUUCAACGAGCCCGGCAGCAGGGAAUUUUCAUAUCAAGCUCAGGAGAUCAGGCUCAUUCCAUGAGUGGAAAUGGGGCCAUGGCAUUUGAUGUAGAAUAUGCACGAUGGCUUGAAGAUCAUAGCAGGCAAAUCAAUGAACUUAGAUCAGCAGUUAAUUCUCAUGCAAGUGACACUGAACUACGAAUUAUUGUUGAUGGUAUAAUGGCUCAUUAUGAUGAAAUUUUUAGGCUGAAGUCCAAUGCAGCCAAAGCUGAUGUUUUCCAUUUGUUAUCGGGCAUGUGGAAAACACCUGCUGAGAGGUGUUUCUUGUGGCUUGGUGGUUUCCGUUCAUCCGAGCUUCUCAAGCUUCUUGUGAAUCAAUUGGAGCCCUUGACAGAGCAGCAGAUUCUUGGCAUUGGCAACUUGCAGCAAUCCUCGCAACAGGCAGAGGAUGCAUUGUCUCAAGGGAUGGAGGCGUUGCAGCAGUCCCUUGCAGAUACGCUUUCCAGUGGAUCUCUUGGCUCCUCAGGUUCAUCUGGGAAUGUGGCAAACUACAUGGGGCAAAUGGCCAUGGCCAUGGGAAAGCUAGGGACUUUGGAGGGGUUCAUUCGUCAGGCUGACAAUUUACGGCAACAAACGUUACAACAAAUGCACCGAAUACUGACAACACGCCAGUCAGCUCGUGCCCUCCUGGCAAUACAUGAUUAUUUCUCUCGACUCCGUGCUCUUAGUUCCCUUUGGCUAGCCCGUCCGAGAGAGUGAAGACACAAUGUAAUUUAUGGGCAGGGCAUGAAAAUCUAUUGACAGUCCUGACAAAGAUCCUUCUUCUUUAGUCUUGUCAGAAAAAAGUUUCUUCAUUUAGAUUUUCAUGUGUGAUAGAAUUGAUGUUUAAUGUGCAUUAGUCUCUGUAUGUUGAUUGAGAUUGAUGAUAGAGUUUAUGUGAAGUAUGUAUUUCUGUUAAUUGUUUAUGAUAUAAUCAGUACUUGUGAAAGUGUUAUUAUAUCAUCUCUUGUCAUUGUAACUAACAUCUUCUGAAAUGAAUUUAAAUGAUUGGAGA